GUGUGUACAUCGAACUUUCGCCAGACACUGUGAAUCGAGAAAACGACCUUACACAUCUCUGCUAUGGCUAACUUUUAAGUGGACUGUACCGCGUGAAGAUCAAGGAUUGAAAAUGUUCUCAUUUGCAUUGAAAAGGCACUUCAAUCCCUGUGUGGGUCCAUCAUGGCGAUCGCUGCAGUGGGUACUCCGUGGGUCCAGCUGCAUGGUGAAGAGGGAAUGUUUUUACACCAGUUCCAACCCCUUGUUGGCUCCACAAGUGUCCAUGGCAACAUCACUACUGUUCCCGAAAUUAGCCUCCUACAGGCUUCUGAGCCUCAGGCCCCUGAGCUUCUCUGCCUCUUUGCUCUGCCAGGGUCACCCCGUGCCCACGGCCCCUGGGAGAAGACAGGAGAACCAACAACGCCUCAGCAUGAAAGCCCUGGCCUAUGCGCCCAAGCCUGCUUUGUACCUCGGCUUCUCCGGCCUCCUUCCAUUCCUGGGUGCCCCCCUCCUGAUGGCUGUGACCCAGUCCUACCUCCCUGAGGUGGCCUACGCCCAGGUGGUCUACGGGGCUUCAAUCGUGUCCUUCCUGGGUGGGGCCCGCUGGGGCUUUGCCCUGCCUGAGGGGAGCCCUGCCCAGCCCAACUGGAUGAACCUUGGCAACAGUGUGGUGCCCUCCCUGCUGGCCUGGCUGGCUCUGCUCUGCAGAGACAACAUCACAGAGGGAGCCCUAGUGGUCAUCAUGGGGCUGGGCCUGGCCCUGCACUAUGACCUCACACUGCUGCCUGGUUACCCCGGCUGGUUCAAAGCCAUGAGAACCAUACUCACUCUGGUGGCUACCUUUUCCCUGGUGGCCACACUGACAUUGCAGAAGAUGUGCCCGGAGAAGAAGAUCAAGGCACAAGAGAAUUGACUAGGUAAUUACUAAGGGAUAUUAAAGUUAGCACUUGAAAGCUAAAUUCUCUCAAAGUGAACAGUGGAACUGACCAUUGUGGGAUUAGUUCAGUAGGAGCAAACAGGGAGAAAACAAAAUAAAAAAAAUGGAAAUGGUGCAACGCAACAAACAUUUCCAAUAAAAUACAUUUUCACUGGAUUUCCUUUUAAUCAAUUUGCUACUUAGACACUUCCGUACCUCAACAGGUGAGUGGUGAAAUACAAUUUCACAUUGUAAUCUAGUGCCGCUGCUGAAUGAAGGUGAUACAAGCUCAUUCCAACCAAAGGGGACAUUUCUCAGUAGAAUGAUACUGUAAGCUUAGCAUUUCCAACCAUAACAGUUUGACAUGAGGACCAUAAGUAACAUUUUGCUCGUAGUAGCUUCUUGCUUCUGUCAUCAAGUGCAGGACAGGGUUUAAUACAACUCCGUGUAAACACAUGAAGCCCAUCGCACUAGCAGUCAGUCUACCUUCAGUCAACAUGGAUAAUGGACAACUCCCAUGUAAGUUAAUAGUUUUGGUGUUAAUUUUAAAUGUGACACUGAAGUUGGGCAAAAAAUAUUAUUCAAAUAUACAAUCAAAGUGCACAGGUUGAAACAAUUGAUAGGAUAUCGGUGACAAACAUCCUUUACACUUAUGUAUAACGUAAUGGUCCUGAAAGCACCAAUGUUUAAGUCCACACAAAUUAGCAGAGAAAAUACAGUAAACAAUGAAACCUAUUUACCCUAUUUACCCUCCAGAAACACUGGCACACCUCUGAAACAGAGCAGGAAGUAUAUGACUGAGUGAUGGAGACAGACAGGUCUGCCAUGUAACUGACGGAGUAGGUACUGCAGUCUUGCUAGCUCAUUAGAAUCAACAGUCUCCCGGUUGGCAGUCUCCCAGUCAUCUGUUUGUCUGUGUACAAUAAACUUCUAGUUCAGUUACAUAAAAGCAAUAAAAUAUCCAAAAUAACAGAACAAUCCAAACAUUCUGAAAUCCAUCAAUUCCCCUGCAAGACCACAGAAAGUGAUUUGCCUUGUAUUUUGCAAAGACCAAACUGUUCUAGCUAGAAAAAGGCUCCGUGUUCAUGCUCUG